CAAAAAUAUCUGGAAAUGACAUAACACGACACUGGUACUGAAUUUCAUUCAGCACACAAGCCAAAAUGGAUGAGAAACCUGAUGAACAGGGUAUUCACCAGUGGCUCGAUGUAGACCAGUUUCCGGAACAUCUCAAGAAGUACUGGUUCCAACGUCACAAGAUCUGGCAAAGGUAUCAUGAAGGUGUAUGGAUGACAGAAGAUGCCUGGUUUGGCGUGACCCCCGAGCCCAUUGCAAAUAAGAUUGCGACACAUAUCGCGGAGUCCGCCCCAAGAGAAAAGACCAUAAUAAUCGAUGCUUUCGCAGGCGUAGGCGGAAACGCUAUUGCGUUUGCACGAUCAGGGCGGUGGGAGCAGGUCUUCGCUGUUGAGAAGGACCCCAAGACAAUGAAAUGCGCGAAACACAACGCAGAGAUCUACGGUGUCGCCAAGAAGAUAGUAUUUCACACAGGCGAUUGCUUCGAUAUCAUUAAGAGAUUCAUGGGCAAGAAUAACAUUGUUAUCUUCGGCAGCCCGCCCUGGGGAGGCACGGAAUACAACGCAGAUAACGUGUUUGACCUCUCUAUAAUGCAGCCAUACAACCUUGACGCACUCUACAAAAAGUUCUCGAAGCUUAGCAAGCAUGUUGUGUUGUACCUGCCACGCAACUCUGAUCUCAAUCAAAUCGCACGGUACGCACCGGAAGGUAAGAAGGUGGAGGUCGCGCACUACUGCAUUCUUGGAGCGAGCAAGGCGCUGUGUGUUUUCUUCGGUGACUUCGACUUUGAAGGGGAGGCAGAAGAGCAGGAGGGCGAUGUGACUACUUCGCAGAAAGUUGCGUCAGCUUGAUGCGUUGGUAUGUGUGUGUUUUAGCAUCCGCUCUUGGUAUUUCGUGCAUUGAAUGUGCUUGCUGGGUCUGCUAGUGAUUGUAGCGAAUACCGGUAAUGUGCACCUAUGGCACGGCUGUUCCUGUUAGGCCCAGCUCCAAUGUGCAAGGGCUAGCAUCACAUCAACAGUGAUUGAGACAACAAUAUAAUCAACAUA